AUGGCUGGUAAUAAUUUCACCGAGGUGACUCUCUUCAUUCUCUCUGGAUUUGCAAAUCAUCCUGAAUUACAAGUCAGUCUUUUCUUGAUAUUUCUCUUCAUUUACCUACUCACUGUUUUGGGGAACCUUGGACUAAUCACGUUGAUCAGAAGUGACUCUCGGCUUCAUACACCUAUGUACUUCUUCCUUAGCAAUUUAGCAUUCAUUGACAUAUUUUAUUCCUCUACUGUAACACCCAAGGCACUGGUAAAUUUCCAAUCCAACCAGAAAUCCAUCUCUUUUGUUGGCUGCUUUGUUCAAAUGUACUUUUUUGUUGGGUUGGUGUGCAGUGAGUGUUUUCUUCUGGGAUCAAUGGCCUAUGAUCGCUAUGUCGCAAUCUGCAAUCCCUUAUUGUAUUCCUUAGUGAUGUCUCAGAAAGUGUGCAAUUGGCUGGCAGUAAUGCCCUAUGUGAUAGGCUUCACAAAUUCUCUGAUAUCAAUCUGUGUGAUAAGCAGUUUGAGGUUCUGUGAUUCGAACAUCAAUCAUUUUUUCUGUGACACCACGGCUCUUUUGGCUUUGUCUUGUGUGGAUGCCUUCAGCACAGAAAUGGUGAUCUUUGUCUUAGCUGGGUUCACUCUUCUUAGUUCCCUUCUUAUCAUCACAGUCACUUAUGUUGCCAUCAUUUCAGCCAUCCUGAGCAUUCGGUCUGCCUCAGGCAGGCAGAAGGCCUUCUCCACCUGUGCAUCUCACCUCACAGGUGUAACUGUCUUUUAUGGAUCCCUGAUUUUUACGUAUUUACAGCCUGAUAACACAUCUUCCCUGACCCAAGCACAGGUGGCAUCUGUAUUCUAUACCAUUGUCAUCCCAAUGCUGAAUCCACUGAUUUAUAGUUUAAGGAACAAAGAUGUGAAGAAUGCUCUUCUUCACAUCAUGCAAAGAAAACCUUUUUCAUGA